AUGACACCCCAGCUUCAAAGAAACGGACCCGUAGGAGCAACUUAUGGUUGUUCCCAAAAUGGAUGGACCAAUGAGCAUCUCUAUAUAAACUGGUUGCAGCAUUUUAAGAACCACGUAAAACCAACUCAUGAUAACCCGAUGCUUAUUAUAUUGGAUAAUUACGCAAGUCACAUUUCUCUUGCAGCUUUUGAAUUUUGCAAAGCCAAUUUCAUCACUGUUGACACUCUUCCCCCUCACACGUCUCAUAAAACUCAGCCUCUUGAUCUGACUUUCUUUGGUCCGUUAAAAACCGCUCUUUAUCGGGAAUAUGAAUUAUUCUUGAGUACGAAUGCUUAUGAGAAAAUCACCGAAUAUAACUUCGCAGAAUUAUUGAAUAAGGCAUUCCUUAAGGUAGCUAUGGAAAAAGGAAUUUCUGGUUUUUCGUCAGCUGGAAUUUGGCCUAUAAACCCUGACAAAUUUAACGAAGACGAUUUUGCUCCGGACGAUGCUGGUCAAGAACUCGUUACUGAAGCACUUUCUGAAAUUUUCCAACCAAAUGAAAAUGUUGAUUUUAAUAAAGAGGAUAAUUCUGCUGAUCGUGAAACUAUAGCGUCUUCUACUCCAAACGAUUCCAUAUCAGAUUCUUUCGAUUCAGUCCCGUGUGCUUCAACUUCGAAAUUCACUGUUGCAGACUUCGCACCAGUUCCCUCAAGAAAUGUAAAGAUACGAUAUUCUCAUACAAAAAUGCAAUCUGAAAUUUUGACUGCUAGUCCACAAAAAAGAAAAUUGGAACAGGCAAAAGAGAAGAAAAUAAAUGCUGCGAGGAAAAAAAUGGAGAGGUUGAAGAAAAAAGCAGACAGCGGAACUAAGGAGAAUUUGAAACCAAAGAAAGAAUUGAAGAAGAGGAUGAAGAUUGAAGUUUUGAAAAGCGAAAAGUCGACGAGCUUUGACAUCAACUCGGACAAUUUGUUUCCUCCUAAUGAACAAUGCACUAUUUGCGGAGAAGCUGGAAGAGACAAGGAACACUGGUUUCGGUGCUGUCUGUGUUCUGAAUGGAGUCCACAAAGAAUGCAGUGGAGCUGA